UAUCUGUAGUUUAAACUUCUAUUUAUUUUUCUUUUCUAAAUGUGAAUUGUAUGUGUAAGUAGUGUAAACUCACCACUAGAGGACAAACACUCACACUGACUUGAAUGUUGAAUCAGUUUAGUGACAAACAUCAGAGGGAUUUGAUCUGUUAUUCUCUUAUUUCACCACAAAAUUCACUCAUAUUUAUGCAUUUAUGACAGAGCAUUUUCACAAAGGUUUGGCUACUCGAGACUGUGACUUUCUGUAUGAGACUGACAUCUAGUGGACUUGUUUAUUAUACGACUGACACACCUGUUAGCACACGUUUCAUAAACACAACCAGGAAAUACUUUGAGUUCAGAGAAACUGAAACUGUUGGGCUGUUGUGUGUUUAGUUUUAUUGUUUGUAAGUAAAUACGGUGAAAUGGCAGAAGCCAGUAUUUUAGUGAUUCAGGAUCAGUUCAUCUGUUCAAUCUGUCUGGAUUUACUGAAGGAUCCAGUGACCAUUCCCUGUGGACACAGUUACUGUAUGAGCUGUAUUACAAACUACUGGGAUCAAGAUGAUCAGAAAAGAAACUACAGCUGCCCUCAGUGCAGACAGACCUUCAAUACAAGACCUGAUUUAAAUAAAAACACCAUGCUGGCUGAAGUGGUGGAGAUACUGAAGAAGACAAAACGCUUAGUGAACCGUAUUGAAAGGGAACUACAAGCUGCUCGUCCUGAUCACAGUUAUGCUGAAGCUGGAGAUGUGAAGUGUGACGUCUGUACUGAGAGAAAACACAAAGCCGUCAAGUCCUGUCUCGUUUUUCUUGAAUCUUACUGUCAAACUCACUUUGAACAACAUGAAGCUUUUCACAGAGGAAAGAGACACAAAGUGAUUGAUGUGACAGGAAGACUUCAGCAGAUGAUCUGCCCUCAACAUGAGAAACUUUUAGAGAUUUACUGUAAAACUGAUCAGUUCUGUACAUGUUAUCUGUGUAUGGUGGGAAAGCACAAAAAUCAUGAAACCAUACCAGCUAAAGAAGAGAGGACUGAGAAACAGAAAGAAGUGAAGGAGACGCAGAGAAAAUCCCAUCAGAGAAUCCAGGAGAGCCAGAAGAAGCUUCAGGAGCUGAGAGAUGCUGUGGAGACUCAUAAGCGCUCUGCACAGACAGCAGUGGACGACACUGAGAGGAUCUUUACUCAACUGAUCCAAACCAUUGAGAGAAGACGAUCUGAGGUGACACAGCUGAUCAGAGAUCAGGAAAAGACUGCAGUGAGUGAAGCUGAAGGACUCUUGAAGCGACUGGAGCAGGAGAUUGAUGAUCUGAGGAGGAGAGACGCUGAGCUGGAGCAGCUUUCACACACAGAUGAUCACAUCCAUUUCCUCCAGAGUUUUCAGUCUCUCUCUGUUCCUCCUGGAUCUACAGACUCACUCAGCAUCACUGUCAGCUCUCUCAUCUCUUUUGAUGAUGUAGGAAAAUCUGUGUCUCAUCUGAGAGAGAAACUGGAGGAUUUCUGUAGAGAAGAGAUAGAGAAGAUAUUUGAUAAAAGUAAAGCACCUGAACCUGAGACCAGGGAGCAGUUCCUAAAAUAUUAUCAUCACUUCACUGCAGAUCCAAACACAGCAAAUGAAUAUCUCUGUCUGUCUGAGGGGAACAGAGUGAUUAUUUUCACUAAAAGAGUCCAGCAGUAUCCUCAUCAUCCAGACAGAUUUGUUGGUUUUUGUUUUCAGGUGUUGUGUAGUGAGAGUUUGAGUGGACGCUGUUACUGGGAGGUUGAGUGGAGUGGUAAUGAUGUGUUUAUCUCAGUGUCAUAUAAGAGCAUCAGCAGGAAGGGAGGUCAUGAUUGUUGGUUUGGAUUUAAUGAUCAGUCCUGGUGUUUGCGCUGCUCUGACUCCAGAUGUUCAUUCUGGCACAAUAACAUUCAGACUGAACUCCCUGUAGUGCUCAGUUCUUCUAGAAUAGGAGUUUAUGUGGAUCACAGUUCAGGAUCUCUGUCCUACAGCGUCUCUGACACAAUGACCCUCAUCCACAGAGUCAACACCACAUUCACUAAACCUCUCUAUCCUGGGUUUUAUGUUGAUUAUGGAUCAGUGAAACUGUGUGAUCUAACAAUAUAGAUGAUACAGAGAGUCUACAAAUAAUUUUGUCAUAUGAGAAGUCUGAACAUGAUGAAUCAACAACAAAGAAAUAUUAAGUCUUUCAUUUACUAAUUUUUUAUUUUAAAUAACUGAUUGUAAUGUUAUAUUUUAAUAAUAGUAUGUUGUCCUGUCAAACAGAGGUAGCUGUACAGUAGUUAUUUACAGUUAAUAUUAUUAAUCUACAGCUGUGUAUUCUUUUAUGAAUAAAAUGUUAUACAAGACAUUAAAA